AUGGCAGAACUGCAAACCGUCGCCGCAGUCUUCGACUUGCUGAAAGUCACGUAUGAGGCUGGCAAGUUCCUCAAGAAAGUAAAAGAUGCCGACAAGAUCGCCUUUGAGCUCUGGGAACGAAUGACACGAUUGGACUCUGUCCUCAAUAGCGUCAAGGCAGUGCUGCAAGAUAGGGACGACCACGAUGCCUCCUCAGGCAGUCAUGCGCAGGUCAGCGCCCAAGUUGCGGAAACGAUCAGAGGCUCUGUUCAGGCAUGCACACGUACCGUAAAUCAACUCCAACAACGAGUCGGAGGGUUCGACAAUCAAGUGAAAAGAUCGGUCCUGGACAAGUGGCGCAUCGCCUUGCGUCAACCAUCGAUCACUCGGAUCAACGACGAACUUGAAGCCCGAGUCCACGUCUUAUCCACGGAGCUUGCUGUGCUACAACUUUUCGAUCAAACCAGGACCGGCGCUGUCAUCGAAAACAACCACAAUGAACUCUUGCAGGCCAUCGAGCGGUUGGGGGCUGAGGUCGAGGAGGGCAACAGAAUCCAGAAGCAGAUGAUGCAUCGGCACCAUGAGUGGGCCCUCAAGAACAGACAGCAGGCUUCAUCCGCAGAUCCGACUCCACCAAACGAGGACGCUCUGGACAGUCUGUCGCAGUGCCUUCGAACCGCAGAAGACAUUCACGAGCACUACACCUCCGAGUACUUUCCAGAUGACAGGUCCGAGAGGAUCAAACGCGUGGACGCUGAGCAAACGAGCGCCAGUCCAUUUGCUGUCUCUACUCCUCCAGAGGCGCUUGCUACUCCGUCGACAGGGCAGGUAUCUGUGCCAAUCAGUGCUGAUCCUGCUUUUACAGGCCACGCCUUGGUCGCCGAUUCGUUACAAAACGAUGAUGAGGACGACGAUGAUGAGAGCGUCUGGCCGCUGGACAUGCUGAACACGCACAUCAAAGCGUACGCAGAGCAAGCUGCAGAGAAGCGAGAUGCAGAGCAGUUCAACCAAGCAGAAUUCAAUCUCCAUCGUGCCAUUCGCAACUCAGAGACUCGAGAGUCACACUAUGGCGUUCCUUUUGAAGAUCGCGCGCAGAUGCAGGAGGAGCUGGCUUUCCUGUACCAAAAACAGAGGAAAUGGAGUGAGGCGGUCUCCACGGUGCACCAGCUGCUGAGAGAGCGAUCGUCGUCAGUGGCAACCACGAAUGGCAGUAUCGCAUCCAAGGAGCAACCACCUCUGGCUCAGGCGAGGCAGCAUUAUCUUCUUGCUUCCAUAUAUUACGACAGAUACAUGAACAAUGCUGGAAUGGCACUUGCCCAAAGUGCUAAUGACAUCGAGAAGGCCGAGAACCAUGCCAUGAAGGCAUUCAACAAGCAGUGGAAGUCCAGUGAUACCAGCGAUCAAGCUGCUGAAGAGGUGGAGCAGCAGAGAGACUGCAUCGAACUGUUCGCACGUAUCCUGGAAACCCGGGACAAGACGGUCGAGGCCAGUGGUCUGAGGAAGCUUCUCGUUGAGCGGCCCGGCUCUUCUGCAGCCAGCGACAGCUUGCGGAGAAUCUCGACCCACACAAGACCGCAACCGGACUUUGAUGUUGUCGACAAGCAUGACAUACUUGUGGAGGCAAUCAAGUCUGGCGAUUCUGAACAGGUCCACAAUAUGCUGGCAUCGGACCUGAAUCUCGAGCGCUUGUGUUCCAAGGGCAAGACGUUUCUGAUGCAUGCCGUCGAGAAGUCGGAUGAGAGCACGGUGCAUAAGCUGCUCGGUCCAGAGUAUCAAGUAGACGUCAACACUGCGAACAAGCGUGGGCUGACUGCUCUGCACUACGCGGCGAGCAACGGCCUAAACGAUAUGGCCAGAUGUCUACUGCAUCAUGACGCCGACGUCGAGCCCAGAGAUAGGAAAGGCGAAGCUCCAGUGGUCAGAGCUGUUAUAGCUGGGCAUACCUCCAUGGUCGAAGUCUUCUUCCAGUGGGAUGAAACAACACUGCAGACCAAGGGCGUCGACGAAUGGAGCCUUCUCCACUACGCUGUGCACAAGUCCAGCCGGGAGAUGAUAGACUUGCUUCUCGAGCUGGCACCAGACUUGAAGGAUUCCGUGGAUCGAGCUGGUAAGACGGCACUGCAUCAUUGCGCUGAGUCUGAGAAGCUCGAACAGGCGACUGCACUCUUGGACCAUGGCAGGUACUCAGAGUCAGAUGUCAACGCCACCGAUUCCAUGUCUCGAAAUGCGCUGUACUUCGCAGCUUCGAGAGCGCCUACUGCUCAUCGGGAGAGCAUGGUAAGGCUGCUUCUCAGCAAAGGCGCGAUGAUCGAGGAAGUCCACCCUCCGCCGAGGAUGAGGGACUAUAUCGCGCUCAAGAGGUCCAUUCCAAGGAGAGACAGCACCUUGUCCCAUGCCAGUGUCUCCACGAGUGGCAUGACUUCGACCACGACUUCAAGCUCAGCAUCGAGCGACAAGCGUGGAAAUCGGGUCAAGGAUGGGUCUAUCUUCGCGAUGUUUGGGUUCGAUGAGGUGGUGGUGUAUGUCAUCAGCUUUUGUGUGUUACUACAACCCUUUCUUGACUUUGAAUCGGCAUGA